CCAUCUCACCCGCGUCCGCCGUCCUCGCUCCAUCUCCACAAGUCACAGGGACCAAUCGCGCAGGAUGCUGGCCAGAGUGGCGCGGCUCUUGGCCCCAUGGGCGAGCUGGAGUCCGUAGACUUUUAAAAGGCCGGUUCGAAGGCAGUGACGUGCCCCGCGGAACUCGCAUCGCAACUCACCAUGGGCUACAUCAAGACUGAGAAGAAUGUGCAGGAGGUCGACGUGAGCGAGAACCCGGAUUACGAUGUCGAGGUGCUCGGCUCCAAGGGCGCCAUCGUCACGGACGAGGUGUUCGGCGCCAUCACCGACAAGGGCCCCAACUACCGCUCGGUCGGGUGGCUCGGCACUUCGGUGCUCAUGAUGAAGACGCAGAUGGGUCUCGGUGUGCUGUCCAUGCCCGCCGUCUUUGACACCCUUGGUAUGAUUCCCGGUGUCAUCUGCCUCAUCGCCAUCGCCGCCAUCACCACCUGGUCCGACUACAUUGUCGGCAUGUGGAAGCUCGCUCACCCGGAGACUUACGACAUUGCCGACGUCAUGAUGCGCAUCUUUGGUCGCUUCGGUUACGAGAUUAUGAACUUUGCCUACACGCUCUUCUGGAUCGCCGUCUCGGGCUCGGCCAUGCUUGGUCUCUCGACCGCGCUCAACGCCGUCAGCACCCACGGCGCGUGCACCGCCGUCUUCGUCGCCGUUGCCGCCAUCAUCGCCAUGGGCCUUGCGUCGAUCCGCACCCUCGGCAAGAUCUCGUGGCUCGCUUGGGUUGGUGUCACCUCGAUUGUCGUCUCCAUCCUGGUCCUCACCAUCUCCGUCGGCGUCCAGGACCGGCCGUCGGCCGCGCCCCAGACGGGCGACUGGGAGCCAGAGAUCAAGCUCUUCGGUAGCCCUAGCUUCACCUCGGCCAUCUCGGCCAUCGGUACCCUCGUCUUCUCGUAUGCCGGCACCCCCGCGUUCUUCUCCAUCGUCUCCGAGAUGCGCGAGCCCCGCCUCUACACCCGCGCCCUCAUCACCUGCCAGGCGCUCAUCACCUGCGUCUACCUUGCCAUCGGCAUCGUCGUGUACUACUUCUGCGGCGCUUACGUUGCUUCCCCUGCCCUUGGCUCGGCCGGCGCGCUUAUGAAGAAGGUGUGCUACGGCCUCGCCAUCCCGGGUCUCGUGUCAACGGUCUGCCUUGUCACCCACCUGCCCGCCAAGCAGAUCUUCGUCCGUCUGCUUCGCGGCUCGCCUCACCUUACCAGCAACAGCAUCACCCACUGGGCCUACUGGCUCGGAUGCGUUGCUGCCUGCACAAUCAUUGCGUACAUUAUCGCGUCCGCCGUCCCUGUCUUCGGUGGUCUCGUCUCUCUUGUCGGCGCCCUCCUCGGCACACUCAUGUGCUUCCAGCCUAUGGGCUUCAUGUGGCUCUACCUCCACCGGAACGACGAGCGCUCCACCAAGUGGUACGCCGGUGUCACCUGGAGCGUCUUCGUCAUCGUUGCCGGUAUGUUCCUCAUGAUUUCGGGCACCUACGGCUCGAUCGUCGACAUCAAGAACUCGUACGCUCAGUACGGCGGCACUGCCGCGUGGACAUGCGCCGACAACUCGGGUUCGGUUUAAUCUGGUUGGGAUGGCCGAGAGAGGUUCUUCGUGCAGUGGUAUGGAUCAGUAGCAGAGUAUAGUUGUGAGCAGGUGGAGCAGUUGUUGGGAUGUUUGGGCAGGAGGUAUGCAUACG